GAGAGGGAGAGACAGAGGGAGAGAGGAGCAGAGGGAGGGAGAGCAAUGUGCCUUUCACAGAGCUGGGAGCUUGAUGGGAAUGUUUGAUUAGCUCCUCUGAAAGAAAAAAAGGUGUCCAGGCCUCCCUCUGCUGCCUGCCUCUCCUUCUGUAGAAUAAUGUUGGCUGGAGUUUGGGGUACAGAAAAGCUUGGAAAAAAUAACACUUUCAUACUGUGUGGAGAAAAGGAAUAAAAAGUUGCACACCUCAAGCAAGUGCUCCUUAGUGACACACCCAGAUUUUGCUUUACUCACCAUGAAGGCCACAGUCAUUGCAACCUUCUUUGGUGUGUUUCUUAUAUGUACAUAUGCAGCUAAGGAAGCCACAAAGAAGACAAAAAAAGCUAAGCUAUUUUUUUCACUCACAGAUGUACCUCAGAUUGAUUGUGAUGUCAAGGCGGGGAAGAUAAUCAAUCCAGAAUUCAUUGCAAAAUGCCCUCCUGGAUGUCAAGAUGUAAAAUACCGUGUUUAUGGCACAGACAUUUAUGCUUCUUUUUCCAGUGUGUGCAACGCUGCAAUUCACAGUGGUAUAAUCGACAACGCAGGCGGGAAGAUCCUCGUCCAGAAAGUCGCCGGCCACUCCGGUUACCGUGGGAGCUUCUCCAACGGGGUCCGGUCCCUGUCACUGCCGCGCUGGAGAGAGUCCUUCCUCGUGUCAGAGGGCAAGCCAAGAAAAGGUGUGACAUAUCCAUCAACUCUUGAAUAUUCUUCUUCAAAAAGUACGGCUGUUAAAUCAGAGCCUAGAAAGACAGAGCAAGACCUAAGAGCUACAAAGAGCGCAGAUACCACUAAUGCAUCGGAAAAAACAUCAGAACAAGGGGACGCAGUCCGCAAAGAGUAUCAGACAUCGCCGGUGCCGACGCCAGCCACACAAAUGGCCACCACAACCCCAACCCCGACGCCCACGACAACGGAGCCUUCCACCACAACGCCAAAGCCCACCACAACGCCUGCAACAACCAGAACCACAACAGCUACAGCUGCGGGCAAGACUAGGCCUGGACCGCAUAGGGUCAGAGAUAUAGGUUCUAGCAGUGUUCACCCAGCAUACGCAUCUGUGGUAGCUGCAGCAUCAAGACAGGUUCAGGCUGCACAAGGAAGAGGACAGAACACAGUGUUCAGGGGCAUCUCCACCUCUGCAAGUAACAGGAAUAUUUUACGAUCCAGUACAGGUAUUCAGCGCCAAGAGCCUGUUGCCACCUUCCAGAGGGCUGCCGGCUCUCCAGCCCACCUAGCAAUGGAAACAGACUUAUGGAAACCUGGAUUGAGCCUUUUUGACACAGGCUUCAGUUCAAAGGAAGAAUUGAAUCCAAAGCCACUGGAGUCCAUCUCCCAGGGGAACCCAAAUUGCAAGGUUGAUUUAUCCUUCUUGAUGGACGGGAGCUGGAGCAUUGGCAAACGCCGCUUUCAGCUCCAGAAGCAGUUCCUCAGUAAUGUGGCCCAAGCCCUUGGCAUCGGCAGCGCUGGUCCCCUGAUGGGCAUCGUUCAGUUCGGUGAUGACCCUUCCACAGAAUUUAACUUAAAAACUUACACCAACUCCAAGGACCUAAGAAACGCCAUUGAGAAAAUCCCACAGAAAGGUGGACUUUCCAACGUUGGGAAGGCACUUUCCUUUGUUAACAAAAACUUAUUUUCGGAUGCUAAUGGAAACAGAGGUGAAGCACCCAACGUGGUUGUAGUGAUAGUAGAUGGGUGGCCAACUGACCGAGUGGAGGAGGCCUCCAGGCUGGCCAGAGAAUCAGGGAUCAACAUUUUCUUUGUCACUAUUGAAGCAGCUGCUGAAAGUGAGAAGCAGAACGUUAUCGAACCAAACUUUGUGGACAAGGCAGUGUGCAGGACAAAUGGCUUCUACUCCAUCAACGUGCCCAGCUGGUUCAGCCUCCACAAGGUGGUCCAGCCCUUGGUGAAGCGGGUCUGCGACACGGAUCGACUGGCUUGCAGCAAGACGUGCCUCAACUCAGCUGACAUCGGUUUCGUAAUCGACGGCUCCAGCAGUGUCGGCACCAGCAACUUCCGCACGGUCCUCCAGUUCGUAGCCAACAUCAGCAAGGAGUUUGAGAUUUCGGACACCGACACCCGCGUCGGAGCUGUUCAGUACACCUAUGAGCAAAGGCUCGAGUUCAGCUUUGACAAGUACAGCACGAAGCAGGACGUGCUGAGCGCUAUUAAAAGGAUCAGUUACUGGAGCGGUGGGACCAGCACGGGAGCAGCCAUCAGCUACGCCUCCGAGCAGCUGUUCAGCAAAUCCAAACCCAACAAAAGGAAGAUCAUGAUUCUCAUCACAGAUGGCAGGUCUUACGACGAUGUCCAAGUGCCGGCCAUGGCAGCUCACCGAAACGGUGUUAUCGCUUACUCCAUUGGAGUUGCCUGGGCAGCCCAAGAUGAACUGGAAGCCAUUGCAACGGACCCUGAUAAGGAACACUCCUUCUUUGUGGAUGAAUUUGACAACCUCUACCGCUUUGUUAAUCAGCUCAUCCAAAACAUUUGCACAGAAUUUAAUUCCCAGCCACGGAACUGAUGGACUCGAGCAAGGCGGGACCCUCGGGCACCAUGCCAAAGUCACACCAAGUGCCCCAGGAGAAAUGCCAGUCCUUGGUUCAAAGACAUACAGGAGGCGUUUUUCUCUGGCACUUGCCAGUCAGCAAGGUUGAUUGCAGCUCUGUUCCUAUGCAUGAUAACGCUCUAUGUAGACUGUUGAUUUUAUUUUUUUUUUUUCCUUGCAGGCUUCAGAAAGUCUGGUUUGGAUGGAUAGCGAAAGAGGCAGUAAACAUGGAGGAAAUAACUGAAGCUGUUUGAAAAGCUGCUUCCAGUGUAGAGCCCUGGCUUGCCUGAUUCCCACUUUGGGCAUACACAAGCUCCUUAAAAUGUACCACCUUUUUCCUGAAGUGGCCAGGUCCCUUCAGGGAGCAGUCACACUGUUCAGCUGCUGUGGCAGAAGCACCUUCAUGUGGCACUGCCAAGGAGACAACACCCAGGUCAGGGCUGAAAUACCAGGCACUUUUUUUGGGGGGACAUACACACCCACCCACCCCCCCCCCCCUGCAAUUUGGGUACCUUCUUACAAGCAAGCAUUCUCUUCAUACAGCUGUGUUGUCAGCAAGUUAAACUUCAGCUGGUGUAAAUUCAAGCACUGAGAUUUAUCCAAACCCAGAGACUGAAAAGCAAGUCAGAGGAAAGAGUCAAGCUGUGGGACCCUAAAACCGUUUGACAACCCCAGUAACAUCCCAAAUCCACAGAGCAGCCAGCAUGCAGGAACUGGAAUCUAGUCUCCUAUAGCACUGCAUCAAUACUUGAUUUUGAGAAGUAUCUUGUCCCCUUAGCUUUCUUGCUCCACGCUUGUGCAACUCAAGGCCUGCAGGAGAGCUGCCAGGACAGAGGAGACUGAGAAAAAUUGCGGGGUUAAGUUGGUUGGAAUCAGAAAAGCAUUUGAGACCCACUGCUGUAUCAUUACACCACAGCUCAGAAGAGUUUACAGCAGUCUCUAGUGUGAGGAGAGCUACUCAAGAGCCAUUAACAGGAUUUAAGAGGGAAUUGUCUGAAGUUCUCACUUACACACUGGGGAAAGCAUUUUGAGCAUUUACAGACACCCUCUCCCACAUUUGGGAUUGACUUCCAUUUUAUGGAUUGAUUUCAAAAUGAACCUACUACAGCCCUGGAUUAUUCAAAACACAUGAUUGUUUCUUAAGUGAACUAGGUAUAUCACUAGUCAGUAGGGGAGGAGUGACACACUAAGAGGGCCAAAAGAAUUGCUCUUUUAUGAGGAAGCAGCAGUAGCUGGUUACGUUUUCAUCCAAUAUAAUUUAAGAAAAUAUGUUCAUUCAGCAAUGUUACUGAAGGAAAGGGAUGGAGUUUUAGAGCCAAUAAAAAUGUGUGUGCUCAUGCACGUUAUGGCAAUCAAAGCCACACCACGUCAAGCUUGUGGAACUAAGAGGAAAUGGGAAGAAAUUAAAACUCAGUUUUCACAUCUUACUCGCAAACCAGGCUUUUAAUAGCAGUGAUAAUUUUGAUAAACAUGGUGGGUCAUGGUUAUUAUUCACAAAAAUGUUAAUUGAAAUAAAUUGCCAUAAGGGAGACUCUUUUCUGUCAACAAAAUUAGCACAAUCUUUUAAAUCGUUGUUUAGAAAUAUAACUGAAAUAGCUCAAAAAUUACCAAGUAAGCAUGAUGCAAACUAAUGAGAACAGCAGAUUCUGCAUGAUCUCCCUGGUGUAAUAACAUAAGCCAGGCUGGGGUCCUCUCCAGAGGUUAUCAAAACCAAUCCAGGGUGAAACAGCAGUUUUACCCAGGGAAAGGUCAAAUCUUCCUCUUAGAAGAAACAUUCAGUUCCAGCUUUGACUGAAAAUCACCAAUAAAAUAAUGCUACCCAGCCAAAAAAUGCAGGGAACUGCCAGCUUCCAAAAAAAGAGGCAAAACAAAGACAUAAAAUAUAUUUCUAUGCAAAGUUUUUAACACUAAUCUGUGCUGCUGCACUUCCACAGCAAUAGCUUCUUGGCUUGAAAAAAGAUUAAGGAUAGAGAGUUAGGUAGAAGCAGAGCAACCCCUGAAACCCCCCAUCUCCUGACCCACCUCCCUCACUACCAUUCAGCCAAAAGCAUCUUUCUCUGUCAACAAGGGUUAUUACAUAGGCUGGGCAAAACUCAGACACAUACACUGAAUUUACCUUCAGACACAGGAUUUAUUGUCUGAAGACUUGUUUGCUUGGAGUUUAAUUUGGGGCUAGCUGAGAAAAAGUCUUAACUUUUAGCUACUCUUUAUGUUGUGGUUUAAUUUUUAAUGCAACACCCUACCACCACAUGUUGUUUUCCACACUGGCCGUACUUCUGCAGCACAUAAGACUGGUACUCUGCAGGGACUCCUCAGCGUUUCACUCGUGCUCUGCCAGAAGCACAGCACAGGCGGCCGAGACAUUAGGAACAGUUAGAGCCACACGUGUUUUUUAGGAUAUGCAUUUUCAUUUCUUCCCAAAGCUUAAACUUCAAGCCAUGACGGUGAGCUUUCAGAUGGUCUCUCCCAGGGUAGCUGCACAGCUAUCUUCUGCGCCAAGCAUUUAUAAAGGGCACUUCAGGGCUUGUUGUUGUUUAAAUGGUUUAUCUUAAGUUUACAGAACAACUAUGGCGUUCCUUUGCCACUGUGUGUUUUUAUUAACUUGUCGGGUUGACCUUGAAAUUGUUGGAUCUCAGAGUAGAAAAGUGGUUUAAUGUUUAAUCUGACUUUCAUCUAAACAUAGGUGUCCUAUUCAUAAACAUUGUAAACUUAAGCAUAAGCCUCAAAACUUGUAAGAAUACACCCUUCCACAAACAAAAGCAAGUGGAUCAGUACGGAACACACUCCCUCUUUACCUUUCAAGGCAAUCAAAUUCUUUCUUUCUACUAGUGUCUAAAUACUGUUUUAUUCAAAAUCAAGAUAACUUACAUAUAAAUCUCCAUAAAUGUUUGAGGGGGUACAUUUGUUUGAAGAAAGCAGCAAAACUCCUUCUGUAACAUAUACAAGCUAUUUUGAGCUUAUCAAUACAAGUUGCUGUAUCUUUUGCAAUAAAAUUGUCCCAAAG